AGCCAUUUCAGACGCCAGUCUAAGAGAAAAAGGGAGCGAUGAAGGAGCAAGCGUUGCGAAAUGUGCGGAUCUUAACGACAAUGGUUUGCCUUUUGGACCUUGCCAUGCUACGGUGGCAUUCGUUCAUCCCGGGGCUCACAAUAUCUGCUUUGGUGUUGAUGCUGUUGGAGCACCGGCGAGUGGGGCAGACCUUUCGUCUAUUGGAGUCAGCAAGUCAGGAGGCUGCACUAUGCCGUAGGUGCCUGAAGAUUUAUUUGCUUCUGGUGGACAUCGCCUUUCUGGCAGCAGGCAUGUCCAGCAUUCUGGUGAGAGACCGCUUGCUGGACUUUGUUUUCUGCACACUUGCAGCAGGCUGCAUGCUAGUUGCAGUGGUCCUUUAUGUGGCCAUGCCGCUGCCUGUGGCUUUGGAGGAAUGCAAACAUUGCCCUGGCGCCAGAGGCUUGCACAGUGCCCUGGCAAUCCUUAGCAUUGGUCACAAUGCUCGGCUUUCUCCUUGCAUGGGCCGCUGUUAGCAGCUACUACUGCAUAUUUGGGAUUUGCAAGGUCGCCAUGAUGCUCAGUUUCCAGUGGUUCCAAGCCGCCGUGAGCACUCCGACGGUGUCCGCUUCGGGCUGGAGGUCCGACGCGAAGCUCGGAGUCGGAGGGACGAUUCGCCGUCGAAGCGGACGCUCCCGUCGCAGUCGUCCCGAUGAAGCUCCACCAGCCUGGCUGAUCGGUUGCAUCGAUUGUGAGUUUGAUGGCCUUAGUGAUUGUGAGGUGCACCAACUUGUUUAGAAUUUGAUGUUUUGUUGUACUAUUUGUACUUGUACAUACAGAUACGUACAGUCAUACGUAAAGCCGUAUCCCGUGUAGAUGGGGUUGCGCUCAGUUGAGCGAACUCUCCGUUUUCCGACUGUAGAGACUUGCUUUUGUUGGCUGUGAGACUUGCGUUGCGCGUGGAGUGCGCAUGCAUUGGACGGAAGAGAAGUUCUGCUCUUUCGCGAGAUUCCUGUACAGCCGCAUUGAAAUUUUUUGGCGCUGCAUGAUUCCAGAAAAACUGAUCUCAAUCAUCAUUGACUGAUCUCACCGGGCAGCUGUUGCGAGAUGCUUUUGUCCACUGGAUGCCGACGUGUGCAGAAGCACGGUCUUUUGGCA